AUGGAUAGAGAUAAAAGAUGGGAAAGAAUUAAGCUUGCAGUUGAUGCUUUGACUCGAGGAAUUGAUGAAACUGAUGAGUUUUUAAAACCGAUAAUUGUUGAUAAAGAAGGACUUAUCAAAGAAUUUCCAUUUUCAGUGGCAUUUCCUCCACAAGUUAUGGAUAAUGUUUUAGCUGAAUGGCUUUCAAAGAAUAAGAUUCCUCAAUGUCAUGUUGCAGAGACUGAAAAGUAUGCACAUGUAACAUUUUUUUUUAAUGGGGGAGUGGAAAAACAAUUUGAACUUGAACAUCGUGAUCUAAUUCAAUCACCAAAAGUAGCAACCUAUGAUCUCAAACCAGAAAUGUCAGCAUUGGAAGUUGCAGAAAAAGUUGUAGAAGAAAUAGCUUGUGGAAAGUUCCCUUUCGUUAUGUGCAAUUUUGCAAAUCCUGAUAUGGUGGGUCAUACAGGAAUUUAUGAAGCAGCAGUGAAAGCUGUUGAAACAACUGAUAAAGCUAUUGGUUUGAUAUAUGAAGCUUGCAAAAAAAAUAAUUAUAUACUUUUUGUUACAUCCGAUCAUGGUAAUGCUGAGCAAAUGAAAGGUGAAGGCGAUAAUCCUCAUACUGCUCAUACUU